CUUUCCACCAUUUUCAUUUCCCGCCUCUCUCUCUCUCUCUCUAAUGGCCGACAAGAAGAAACGCCGCAGAUCCGAUGCCGACUCCGACACAGAUUCACUUCCAUUCAAGAACCGCCUCAAGCCCGACUCUGUGAUCCUCCAAUCGAUCAAAACUUUCACUGAAUCAACACCCUCCACCAGUGAUUCCAAACCCUUGACCCUCUCGGAUCUCUCUCUCUCCACCACCUGCCGCGAAGUCUCUGACCUCCCACUCUCCUCCGUUCAAUCCGCCAUUGAAUCCCUCAUUCUCUCUCUCACCCACUCCAUCCUCUCCGGCAACGGCUUCUCCUUCUCCGUCCCCUCUCGCUCUUCCACCAACCAACUCUACGUCCCAGAACUCGAUCGCAUAGUUCUCAAAGACAAAUCUUCUCUCCGGCCUUACGCCAACGUCUCCACCGUCCGUAAAACCACCAUUACCACCCGAAUCAUCCAGCUCAUCCACCAACUCUGCCUCAAAAACAUUCAUGUCACCAAGCGUGACCUCUUCUACACUGAUGUUAAGCUCUUCCAAGACCAAACCCAAUCAGACGCCGUUUUGGACGACGUCUCCUGCAUCCUUGGCUGCACUCGAUCCAGCCUCAAUGUAGUUGCAGCAGAAAAAGGGGUGGUUGUGGGUAGGCUUAUUUUUAGUGAUAAUGGUGAUAUGAUUGACUGUACAAAAAUGGGUAUGGGAGGAAAGGCGAUUCCACCUAAUAUUGAUAGAGUUGGGGAUAUGCAGAGUGAUGCAUUGUUUAUAUUGUUGGUGGAAAAGGAUGCUGCGUAUAUGAGGUUGGCUGAGGAUAGGUUUUAUAAUCGGUUUCCUUGUAUAAUUGUCACAGCGAAGGGGCAACCAGACGUGGCAACGAGGUUGUUUUUGAGGAAGAUGAAGAUGGAAUUGAAGCUGCCAGUGUUGGCAUUGGUGGAUAGUGAUCCAUAUGGGUUAAAGAUCUUGUCUGUGUAUGGUUGUGGAUCGAAGAAUAUGUCGUAUGAUAGUGCGAAUUUGACGACCCCAGAUAUAAAGUGGUUGGGGAUUAGGCCGAGUGAUUUGGACAAGUAUAAAAUUCCUGAGCAAUGUAGGUUGCCAAUGACUGAGCAGGAUAUUAAAACUGGCAAGGAUUUGUUGGAGGAAGAUUUUGUGAAGAAGAAUCCGGGGUGGGUUGAGGAGCUGAAUUUGAUGGUGAAGACCAAGCAGAAGGCGGAAAUUCAGGCGUUGAGCACGUUUGGGUUUCAGUAUUUGUCCGAGGUUUAUUUGCCACUGAAGCUGCAGCAGAAGGAUUGGCUCUGAGCCUUUGAAGUUGGAGCUUAAAUUCUUCUAAUGGCAAGUCUUGUAUUCCCUGUUAUCAUUUGAGAGGAGGGCGAUAGGGAAAUUGUUUAGUGUUGUUGAAAUUUCUAUGUAAUGGUUAAUCCUCAUUAGGACAAUAAAUGUUUCAAUUUAUGCAUUGCAAUGAUAUCAGAAAGUUAAAGCAUCCCUAACUUAAAGGCCUUGACAGCACGGGUAAAUUCUCUGUUUUCAUUUCCUAAAACAUUUUCAAUUUGUCUGCCGCACAUCCUUUAAUUUGCUACUGAUUGAUU